UCAAAAUAUACGUGGCAUACACCACUGUCAUUUGAUAUUUAAUCCUAUCCAAGAUGACUUCGAGAUUUAGCGGGGUUAAAUUGGGGCCGCCGAUAGAGGUUUUUUCCCUUCAGAAAGCCUUUUUGGACGAUACUUAUGAAAGAAAAGUCAAUCUAUCAAUAGGAGCUUAUCGUACCCCUGAAGGAAAACCUUGGGUGUUGCCAGUUGUUAGAAAAGUAGAGAAAUCAUUAGCAGCAGAUGAAUUACAGAAUCAUGAAUAUCUUCCUGUUUUGGGAUUAGAUGCUUUUAGCCAAACAGCAACAAGUCUGCUACUGGGAACAGAUUCUCCAGUUAUUGCACAGGGUCGUGCUGUUGCUAUUCAGACAUUGUCUGGAACUGGAGCAUUACGUGUUGCAGCUGAAUUCUUGAGUCAUAUUCUACAUUACGAUACAUUUUAUUAUAGCAGACCUACUUGGGAAAACCAUAAACUUGUGUUCAUUAGUGGAGGAUUUAAGAGAGCUUGUGAAUACACAUAUUGGAAUGCAAGUACCCGCAAUCUUGACAUAGAAGCAAUGCUUAAAGAUCUUGACGAUGCUCCAGAAAAUGCUGUAAUUAUUCUGCAUGCAUGUGCUCAUAAUCCAACUGGAUGCGAUCCAACUCCUGAGCAGUGGUCUAGAAUUGCAGACUUAAUACAGAAGAAACACCUAUUUCCACUUUUUGAUAGUGCAUACCAGGGUUUCGCAAGUGGUGAUUUGGAUAAAGAUGCUUAUGCUGUAAGAAUGUUUGCCAAGCGAGGAAUAGAAUUUAUGUGUGCUCAGAGUUUUGCUAAGAAUUUUGGAUUGUACAAUGAAAGAGUUGGAAAUUUAGUAGUUGUUCUGUCUGAUGCAAAAGCAACUGCUCAAGCUAAGUCUCAAUUAACCUUGAUUGUUCGAGGAAUGUACAGCAAUCCUCCUAACCAUGGAGCAAGGAUUGUUGCAACUGUGUUACGAAAUCCAGAUCUGUUUAAAGAAUGGAAAGAUCAUAUUACUACAAUGUCUGGUAGAAUAAAAGAAAUGCGGAAGAAGUUAUAUGAAAGACUGGUUCGUUUAGGUACACCCGGUUCUUGGGAACAUAUUACACAACAAAUAGGGAUGUUUUCCUAUACUGGUUUUACUGAGAGACAAGUGGAGCAUCUAGUAAAUCAUUACCAUAUUUACAUGCUACGAAGUGGUCGAAUAAAUAUGUGUGGACUUAAUGAGUCCAACUUAGAUUAUGUAGCAAAUGCUGUCUAUGAAACUGUUGUACUCUUUCCACAAAAUGAAAAAAAUUGUGCAUGUUAAAAUGAAUUCUUAGGACAU